GUGAGGGCUUCGCGGGUGCCUCCUCCUUGCGCCCGUACCGGCUGUUGGACUUGUUGCUAUAGCUCUCGCCUGCGAGCUACCCUCUCCCCCCUUCUCUCUGGUCUCUCGUUGGUUUCGUCCCGUGCGGGCCAUAGCGACGGUGGUGCGCUGAGGGAAGAUGGCGGUUUCGGCCUUUGCAGUGUUGCCGGCUCUGUGAGCGCGGCGCUCCUUUCCCCCUUCCCCUCCUAGCUGUCGCACCCCGUUCCUCCCGGCUGCCCUCCGCCUCUUCUCCUUCCCCGUCGGGGGCGUAGGGAUCAUGUCGGAGUCGGAGGAGGAGGAGAGUCCGGACCACCAGCUCAAGCUAGUGGUGCUUGGGGACGGGACCACUGGCAAGGAUUUUACUCAAAGAAUCAUCAUUGGUGGGGUUUUCUCUACAAGUUUUUUUGCUGUCCUGACAUCCUUAGCUACACGUUUUGCUCAAGAAACAUUUGGAAAACAGUACAGACAAACCAUAGGAUUGGACUUCUUCUUGAAGAGGAUAAUAUUGCCAGGAAAUUUGAAUGUUACUCUUCAAGUGUGGGAUGUAGGGGGACAAACGAUAGGAGGCAAAAUGCUGGACAAAUAUAUUUAUGGAGCUCAGGCUGUUCUCUUGGUUUAUGAUAUUACCAAUGGCCAGAGUUUUGAAAAUUUAGAAGACUGGUAUAAUGCAGUAAAAAAAGUGAAUGAAGAAUCAGAAACACAGCCACUUGUGGCCUUGGUUGGAAAUAAAAUUGACUUGGAGCAUAUGCGUGCAGUGAAAGUUGACAAGCACCAGCGAUUUUGUCAGGAAAACAAUUUCAGUAGCCAUUUCGUGUCAGCCAAGACAGGAGAUUCUGUCUUCUUGUGUUUUCAGAGAAUUGCUGCUGACAUACUUGGCAUCAAACUAAACAAAGCAGAGUUGGAGCAGUCACAGCAUGUUGUCAGGGCAGAACUAGUGAAAUAUCCUGAAGAAGAUAGUCAACAUCACAACACUUCCAACUGCCAGAGCAAAGUCUGCUCAAUGCAGUAGUUCAGAGGGUGGUGAAAGCAGAUAUUGUCAACUACAGUCAGGAGCCUGUGACAAGAACCAUUAAUCCUCCUAGAAGCUCAAUGUGUGCAGUGCAGUAACUGUGCUAUUCUCUGUUUCGAUACCUUCGGUGGUUGUCCUACCUUGACACAGGCUCUGGGUUUACCAGGAGCUUUAACAGUGACUGUCGCAGCAAUGCAGUUAGAGGCUUCACAAAUGUGUUACACCACUGUACGCUGAGAAGCAGCAGGCAGGCAGUUUUUAUACUGGCUGAAAUUCAAACCUGAGACCACACACUUUGAAAAAUUAAAGUCUCUAUUCUUUUAAAUUAUAUUUAAAUAAAACAGUAUAACUGUGUUUAUAUAUUUCUUCUGAUCUAUUUGACUGGAAUAAAAAUGGAUGAAGAAGUCUGGCAUUCAAAAUACUUUAAAGACAUCAUCAUGGAAGGGUAUUUUGCCAAAGCAUUUUUAAAAUUUUUCCUUUUCUUUCUCCUGUGAUCUGAACUAACACUCAGUGAAAUGUAACUUGGAAAAGCUAUUGCUGGAAUAAUUUCCAGCACAUAAUGUAUUUUAUGUAGGGGUAAUUUGGGAAGUAUUCCAUUAAUAUAUGUACAUAGUGCAAAAUGUAUAAAUUAUAUCCACUAAGACACAGUGCUUGAAAUAAAGCUGUAAUUAUAAAAACA